CUAUUCUCUGGAGCAAGGUCAGGGUUUUCACUCCUUUCCAUCUCUACAAAUGAUGGCCGAAGCUCCUAACAUGGCGGUGAUGACUGACCAACAGAUGCCAGCAGAAGCUCCUGCCCAAGAACCUGAACCUGUACCAGAGGCUCCAAAGAGAAGAAAAAGAAAAACCAGAGCAUCAGAACCCCAGGACCCCGUGGAACCCAAAAAACGUGCUGAAUCAAAAAAAUCUGGCAAGUCCACAAAGUCAAAAGAGAAGCAAGAGAAGAUUACGGACACGUUUAAAGUGAAGAGGAAAGUGGACCGCUUCAACGGGGUUUCCGAAGCUGAGCUGCUGACCAAGACGCUGCCCGACAUCUUGACCUUCAAUCUGGACAUUGUGAUCAUCGGCAUUAACCCGGGACUGAUGGCUGCUUACAAAGGGCACCAUUACCCUGGACCUGGGAAUCACUUCUGGAAGUGUCUGUUCAUGUCAGGACUGAGUGAGGUUCAGCUGAACCACAUGGAUGACCACACCUUACCCGGGAAGUAUGGCAUCGGGUUCACCAACAUGGUGGAGAGGACGACGCCAGGCAGCAAGGAUCUGUCCAGUAAGGAAUUCCGGGAAGGAGGACGAAUCCUAGUGCAGAAACUGCAGAAAUACCAGCCACGAAUAGCGGUGUUUAAUGGAAAAUGUAUUUAUGAAAUUUUCAGUAAGGAAGUUUUUGGAGUAAAGGUCAAGAACUUGGAAUUUGGGCUUCAGCCCCACAAGAUCCCAGACACAGAAACCCUCUGCUACGUCAUGCCGUCUUCCAGUGCCAGGUGUGCUCAGUUUCCUCGCGCCCAGGACAAGGUUCAUUACUACAUUAAGCUGAAGGACUUAAGAGACCAGCUGAAAGGCAUUGAGCGGAACACGGACAUUCAGGAGGUGCAAUACACGUUUGACCUACAGCUCGCACAAGAGGAUGCGAAGAAGAUGGCUGUUAAGGAAGAGAAGUAUGAUCCGGGCUACGAAGCCGCGUACGGCAGUGCAUACAGUGGAAACCCGUGUGAUAGUGAACCCUGCAGCCUUCCUUCCAAUGGGCUAACAGCCAACAGUGCAGAGCUGAGAGGAGAAGCAGCUCCCAGCGACAUUCCAAAUGGGCAGUGGAUGACGCAGCCGUUCACAGACCAGACCCCGUUGUUUAACAACUGUGGGACACAAGAGCAGGAAGGAAGCCAUGCUUGAUGGCGGUGUUUCUCAGCUCUGCCCCGGUGCUGCAGUUUUAAUGCAGUUGGCAGGACCUAGAGCCUCGGUCUCCUGAAGACUUAGUUGGAAUAGUUCCUUAUGCUAGGGUGUAAUUAUAUAUGGAGCAGUUGUAUGUACGGUAGAGUCAACUGUAUGAGCCUAUGUAGUUUGGAAGGAAAAAAUGGGCUGUUUUGUACCUGAGUUUUGUAUUUGAAUUACCCAUCAUUCCAGCUUUUUAUAUACUAUAUUUCAUUUAUGAAGAAACGGGUUUUCUUUGGGAAAUCAGUUUGGUGUAAUUUUAAAAUGCAACAGUCUGAAUAUUUAUAGCUGAUUCUUGACUGUGCAUACCUAAAUAUGCCCUGAUCCCUUUAAAGCCUCAGAAGGGCAUGCUAGUAAGAAUCAGAGUAGGAAAAGGCAGCUAACCCACUCCCAGUGGGGUCUGGUUAGUUUCGGGAGCUGGGGCUGUAGUCACACUCUCCAAAUGAUGUGUAUGGCAGUUGCUUAGUAUUAGAAACAGAGUGUAGCCUGGCCUUGGGGCCUGAGCCCUGCCUUUGGCCUCUCACUCCUGGGUGUUGGUCCUCUCAGAGGCAGAAACUGUUUGCUGAGCUGAUAGGUUCCUGAGAAUGCAGUAGACUUUUACAGUUUGCCAAUUGUGUAUUUGCUGAAUUUCCCCAUCAGUGUUUAUCACUCUUCUGAUUUUAUCCGUGAUGUGGAAAGUGAUAAGAAAUGAACUUUCAGGGUGAGCCACACGGUGCUGGAGGAUAAUUCUUUUUAAACUGGUGCUAUGUGUACAUGGGAUGUACUAAGAUUUUAGUCAAUAAUUUAAAAAUUACUGUCACUGUUUGUUACUGUGGACUAAGUGAACCUCAUGAAAAGGUUGACUUCCAACUUGUUUCCUUUUGUAACUGUUUAUCACCACCUCUGCUUUAGCCCAGAGCUCGUCUUCUCCCAUAACUCUGGGCCGUAAUCUGUGGAGUUCUGUCCUCUGUGGGCUGCUGUGCGUUUUCCAUGGUGCUACAAAUCGUCCAGCCCAUUCGGCUGGUGGAUCUAAAACUGCGUAUUCAGAAAUGCCUCUUGCAUUCACCCUGAUGGCUCAUGACUAUUCUGACUUGAUGCGUACAUACCUGAGGAGCACGCUGGUUUGCGGUAUGAAAUGUCCGUGAGCUUUUUAUUAUAUUCCACAGUCCGUCCUAUAAAUAAGGGAAGAAUCAUAACAUGCCUUGUAGCUGUUGCAAUGAUGGGUUUUAUUUUUUCUUAAGUCUAGGUCAAGCUGUGUACGAGUCAUUAUUUAUUUUUUUUCACAAAUAAAAAUUUUAUUUAUGACAAUCAUAAGCAUUCCACAGCUCAGAAUCGUCCCAGGACAGAGCAGAGAACUCAAGGCUCUGUCAGCUGCUCCAGUCCAGGGUCCAGUGUGUGGUGCCCCUUCUGCCCUUUGGCUCUUACUUAACAAGUAGGAGGAGCCAAGGAAUUCUGGCUUAAAAAUAUGAGUGCCAGUUGGCAGUUACAUGAAAUGAUCUGAACAAGGCAAUAGUGAUCCAUAACCAAAUCAGUAAGGUGGUUAGGUUUUUCCGGACAGUGAACGCAGGGAUGGCCUCUCCAGCUUCUCCUUUCCUGUGAGCCGUAUCUCACUCAUACUCUCAGGCCAGGCUUCUGCUGUGGCUUGCUGCAUGAGGGAACCGCUCUGUCCAGGAAAGGACGCAGGUUGUCUCUCAGAACUAGCAGGACCUAGACAUGGGAAACCUAGGCAAGAACCCCAAGGACAGGUCUCAAAAAAAAAAAAAAAAAAAGCAGAGUUGGACAGGACAGUCGGUGAAAGCCACUUAGUUCUGAGCUUUAGGGCGAGACUGUAUUUUCAGAGCCAUAGCGCACAGAGAACAGAGACUCCAAACUGGGACUGAAGUUUCGGGAGGAGCCGAGCUUUUGACUGUAGAGGAGGAGGUGAUGAACACAUCCACAAAAGGAAAGAAGUCGGAGUCAAGGCAUCGGCAGGAUCGCUGGGCUGCUUCCAGAACCUUUGCUUUCCUCUCCUGGCGUUCUUGCUCAUGUUUCUUGCGUUGUUCUUCCCUGGUGUGGAGAGGGCUGUUUGUAAGGUCUCCCGUGGACGCUAACUCUGCUCGCACACUCCUUCAGAGAAGUAUUUUCUCAAGAUUGCCCCAAGGUUUCAGCUUUCCCGGUGUGGCCUGUAGCUGAGGGGACGAGACAGGCCUGCCUGGAGGUCAAAAGCCGGUUUCCUCUCUGUGGUCUUUAACUUAGGGGUCCUGAAUACAGCCUGGCCUUUUGAAGCACUCCCCGGUAGGGUCACACGUGGAGACUUUGUAGUUCUGAGGUCUUGCUUUUCCUGCUUUUCUUGAUUCUAUAAUAUAGUAGGGUGACUUUUCUCAGAAUGAUCCUGGAAGUUAGGGACUCCAUGGACUGUCAUGUGCCUCUUUCUUGCUUUGGUGACAUAACUGGUUCCCUUCAGCUUGCCCCUCACAGUUAAUCUGUAUCUCUGUCUUUGCACAGGAGACUGCAGAAGACUGAUUCUCACACUGAGUUUUACUUUUUUUCCCCCCUUGUUUCUGGAUUCAGGUGGACUUUCAAGGCUCUUGUCUGCCCGCAGGUUAACCCGGAGGCCCAGCCUUUUGGCUUAAAUUUGCAGGUCACUGUACUUGAAGGAGUCCAGCUCCUCUGCAGAGGGGAUGGUCAUCACAUUCUGCAGUCCCGGCGACACCCAGAAAAGCAGCCAGACAACUCAAACAGCACCGUUCAAAACUGGCAGCUGAGUCAUGUGAUGCAAAGAUGUUCUGCCUGCUGUUUACAUGGACACUUUGUGCGGGUGCUCUGAAGUGCCUUGCGUCAGGGAUUAGGAUCAGCUGAGUCACUGUUUUCAGGGGACUAAAGCAUGGAACUGUGUAUUGCUUCGGUAAUAACUGUUGCAGCUUCCUUGAGUAGAGAAGUACCUUUAAAUUAUGACUGGAGAAUGGGUGAGGGAUGAGGAGUGAAUGCUGAUGUCUCCUGCACAUGACAGCAUGUGAUUUUUUUCGCUGAGACUUUAAAUUCACAUGAAGUCUUCAUGGUUUGAGAAUAAAUGUUAAGAACAGCCAAACUUAAGGUGCAGACUUUUCUAUAGCAAGACUGAAUGGUGUUCUUCCUUGCUUUAGACCUGAAGACAGUUUUCUUUCUAUUGUAUAGUAGAGUAAUGCAUGAGAAAAAUCAUAAAAACUUGAAUAUUUUAUUUGUACA